AUGUCUGGACCAUAUGACAACUACUCAGGCUACGGCCAGCAAUCCCAAUACCCUCAGCAGGGAUACGGCGGUGGCUACCCUCCUCAGCAGGGAUACGAGCAAGGUGGCUACGGCCAGCAGCAACAGCAGUCAUACCCCCAACAAGGCUACUCACAAUACCCUCAGCAAGACCAGAAUUUCGGUCCUCCUCGUCGCCAGGACUCCUUCGGACCUCCUCAGCAGGGUGGUUUCCAGCACGGUCAGGCCGGUGGCCAAUACGGUGCUUAUGACGCCUCCAACCCUCAAGGCCACGCCGGCUACUACGGCCAACCUCAAGGUGGGCAAGGCUAUGGCAGCAACGACGCUUACGCCCAAAACCAAGCGUACCAGCAGCAGAUGGGUCAGGGUGGCCAACAGCCAGAUGUUAGCCAACAUCAGUUCUCGCCUCAGUCCAGCGACCCCAACGCUCCAAACUAUGACGCCAACGCUCCUCCCAUGAAUGAGACCGACCGAGGUCUCCUCGGUGCCGUCGGUGGUGGUUUCGGAGGCCACUUCCUGGGCAAGAAGGCCGGGCACGGAUUUCUCGGAACCGUCGGCGGUGCUAUUAUGGGUUCAAUCGCUGAAGACUUCCUCAAGGACAAGAAGAAGCACCACAGUUCUCAAAGCAGCUGGGGUGGAAGCAGAUACUAG